CCGCGCUUGCGCGCUCUCGGGUGGCAGCUCCGGCGCGGCAACCCGCGCCCCCUCCCCCCGCGCGCUGCGGGCCGGGAGGGGCCGGGCGGGUGGGGCCCGGUGGCCGCUCCGGCCUGGAGACCCCCAGAGCGGGCCUCGGCGCGCUGGGGGGAGCCUCUGGAGGCGCUGGGGGUGGGGGGUCCCUCGUUCCGCGGGAGGUGCCUCAUGGAGGCUGUUGUCCCGGAGGGCAGCGGAGCAGGGGACACCCUCCGGGGCGCCGAGGGGCGGCCGCCACCCGAGGCCAGGGUGCACUUCCGAGUGACAAGGUUCAUCAUGGAGGCAGGUAUCAAACUCGGGAUGCGCUCCAUUCCCAUCGCCACUGCCUGCACCAUUUACCACAAGUUCUUCGGCGAGACCCAUGUGGACGCCUAUGACCCCUACUUGGUCGCCAUGUCUUCCCUUUAUCUGGCUGGCAAGGUGGAGGAGCAGCACUUGCGGACCCGGGAUAUCAUCAACGUGGCCAACAGGUACCUCCACCCCGGAAGUGAGCCCCUGGAACUGGAUGCCCGCUUCUGGGAGAUGCGGGACAGCAUCGUGCAGUGCGAGCUCCUGGUGCUCAGAGUCCUGCGCUUCCAGGUAUCUUUCCAGCACCCGCACAAGUACCUGCUCCACUACCUGCUCUCUCUCAAGAACUGGCUGAACCGCUACAGCUGGCAGCGGACCCCCAUCUCUGUCACUGCCUGGGCACUGCUGCGGGACAGCUACCACGGAGGGCUGUGCCUCCGCUUCCGGGCUCAGCAUGUAGCCGUGGCAGUGCUCCACCUGGCUCUGCGGGCAUACGGGGUGGAGGUACCUGCCGAGGCCCAGGCCGAAAAGCCAUGGUGGCAGGUGUUUAGUGAGGACAUAACCAAGCCAAUCAUUGAUAACAUUGUGUCUGAUCUCAUUCAGAUUUAUACCAUGGACACAGAGAUCCCCUAAGGCCCUGCCCGGGACGCCUGGUUCCCCGAGGACUGGUGGGGACACUGGCUCUGUGCCACGGGAGACCAUCACAACUGUUGCUUGCACUCUCCGGGUAGCCCCCGCCCCACGCGUGUGGUAGCUGUGCCUCCAGCAGGCAGGCUUUGAGCAGGCGGGGCUGGACCCCAGGCGGCGAGGCUGCUUUUGUCCUGUGAGAGGACCUGUGAUCACAUUUGGGACAAUACAUCAUUGGAAUGAGAAUCUAAGAAACAGGCGGGCAUGGCCCCCUUAUGAAUUUUUUUUAAAGAGCCAGAUUUAUAGAGAAUGAAAUAUGCAGUAGAUAAAUUCUAUUUUUGUCUAAUAAAAGAUGAUCCAAAACUCA